AUGGCAGAACUAUAUUCAAAAUUUAGAACGUUCGAUAUGUAUGGGAAUAAAGAUGAGGACUCGGUCUCAGAUGAAGUGAAAGUUUUUCAAUGUGAGCAGUCGGAUGAAACAUCUUCAAUAAAUUCAGAAUUAAGUGCAAUGACAAUGAGAUCCUUCCAGUAUGGUAAUCAUGACCAAAAUGUUGGUGGAGAUAUUAAACAACGUUUAAACAAACUUUAUCAAUUAGCCGAAGCUCGAAAACGAUUACAAAAUUCAAAUUUAUCGGAUAAAAAAGUUGCAGAAUCUCAGCAAAAUGAGGAAUUGGAUCCUAAAGAAUUUGGAUUAGGACAUCAUACUCGAUUACAAAAUGUGGAUAAUCAUGACGAAGAAGAAUAUGAUGAAGCCAAAGGCGAAGAGUUAUUACAAGGAAUUUUGGAUUCAGUAUUAAAACCAAAAAGUAAACAAAAAGCACAAUUUAUGGAGCAUAUGAAAUAUAAACCAGAAAUGAGCAAAAAUUUUGAUAAUAAUUUUAUUCAUGAUCCAAAAACAACGGAACUUGGUCUUUUACGUUGGCAACAACAACAAGUAAAAAAAACUGAGAAGAAAAAGUAA